UACACGCGAAACGUCAAACCGCUCCGAAACCAUAACAAAACAAUCGUAAUCGCUUUUUCUCCGCCGCCAGUGUGAGUGAAAUCGAGCGAAAGAUGCUGCAAAAUACGAAAAAUCUCCUGCGUUCCGCUACCAGACUCAGCUACAUCCGUUUGCUCCCCAACAAUGUGCUCACAAACACCGCACCGUCGUCGUACAGCACGCUGCUGCUGCUACCGCACACCGAUAACGCGCUCGUACAGCCGGUGCUGAGCCGGAAACUUACACCACCACAGCAACCCAUCUGGAAGCGUACCAUGUUCAUCCAGACGCAGGACACACCGAACCCGGACAGUCUCAAAUUUUUGCCCGGCGUAUCGGUGCUGGAAAAGGGUCAAACGAUGGAUUUCCCGUCCGUAUCGUCAGCCCAGUGUAGCCCGCUGGCCAAACUGCUGUUUCGCGUUGAGGGCGUGCGGGCCGUCUUUUUCGGCAGCGAUUUCGUAACCAUCUCGAAGCAAGAGGAUGCCGAAUGGCGCAUCAUCAAACCGGAAGUGUUUGCGGUGAUAAUGGACUUUUUCGCUUCCGGUUUGCCGGUGGUAACGGACGCAAAACCGAACCCGGACACCCAGUUCAACGAGGACGACGACGAAACGGUGCAGAUGAUAAAGGAGCUGCUGGAUACGCGCAUACGGCCGACCGUACAGGAGGACGGGGGCGAUAUCAUCUUCAUGGGGUUCGACGAUGGGAUCGUGAAGCUGAAGAUGCAAGGAUCCUGCUCGUCCUGUCCGAGCUCGAUCGUGACGCUGAAGAACGGCGUCCAGAACAUGCUGCAGUUCUACAUCCCGGAGGUGGUGUCGGUCGAGCAGGUGACGGACGAGGUGGACAAGAUGGCGGAGAAGGAGUUUUCCCGGCUGGAGAAACAGAUCCGCCAGAAGGAGGAGCCGCCGGCGGAGAACAAAACCUAGACGACACCGGCUGUAGGGGAUGUGGGCGCCUGCUAGGUCAUUUAUUUUGUUCAUUCUCUCCGUUAUUUCGUUUUAGCUUAGUGUGAUUUGCGUACGGUACAAUAAUGAAAUGCAGAAAUUAACAAAUAGAAGAGCGUUUUGCGAGAA